GAUAUGUUCCAGCCCGGUGCAGCCCUGUCAGUGUGGACAUGUUUGCGGCGGCGGUGUUCCCGCUGCUCCUCGCACCGCUCCUCAUCCAGGGUGCUCCGCAGCAGGGUCAAGAGUCUCAGAGGUCAGAGUCCACGGGUGACAAUGUGCCUCUUACGCUCGUCAAUCCCUUUGGUUCUGCAGAUGAGAGCCGCAGUCUCUUACAGAGCUAUAUCAAGGCUAAUUUGAAUGAACAGGCAAAUCCAGAUGUCAGUACACGGGAGCAAGAGGUGUUCUUCCUCUUCUCCCUUCAUGACUAUGAUAAAAGCGGUCAGCUGGAUGGCCUAGAGCUGAUGAAGCUGUUAUCAGAUUUUCUGUCACAUCUUUCACAGACCCCCAAAUCAACUGAUGGAGUGGUUGCCAUGGUGGACUACCUCCUGCAGACGCAGGAUCAGAACCAGGAUGGUCUACUGGCUCCGUCAGAGCUGCUCUCCCCACCCAUCCAAGCCAGCAAGUUGGAGCCCAUCCCAGGGGCAGACCCGGCAGUAGAGUCCGACUCUGCAGGUGGUGCCCGGGACGAGCCAAAGGAAGAGGCCUCCCCGCAGCAGGGAGACCCAGUGGGGGAACAGGCACAGGAGGCUCAGGCAGACGGACCAUCUGACUCUGCCAAUGAGCAGGAGCUUCCGCAAGAGGAGGGUGAACACCAAGUGCAGCCGCCUGAGGAGGAGAGAGGGGUUCAGGGGGAGGGACAGGUGCCUGAGGGGCAGCAUGUGGACAACCUAGGAGAUGCAGGGGGGAAGGAACCUGCUCAAGAAGAGCAAGCAGAGGCAGAGGCGGCCCAGGAACAGCAGCAGCAGCAGCAGCAGCAGGCUGAGGAGCAGAGGUUAGAAUCCAAUGUGGUGGAGAACCAUCCGAAUCAUGCUCCUGUGCACCAAGGACAGCCUGAGAUGUAGAGAGGGGACACUGCCUGUGCUGCAUGCAGUGCUUGUGGUCUGCCUGUGAGAAUGAUGCCUAUGCAGACCAGAAACAGGAGUCAGCCAUAUACAGUAGGACAGACUGUUCAUGGAUGCUGUGCCAAGUGACUGAAAACCAUUUUGUGUCAUGUUGUCUGGAGAACGUUUUUUAUUGUUAUUAUUAUAUAUUUUUAAAAUAAUUCUGGAUAGAAAUUCAACAAAAAGGAAAUCUUUUAAUGGCUUGAUUUUAAAAUUCAGGAUGGAAUCUUAUUUAAUACCUGCCCAUGUUAAUAUUUGAAUAAUUUCUAGAUAAAUUGUUGACAAAUAAUGCACUUUACACCACAUACACUUCUAUAUAGUUAGCAGUAUGUGCAUCCUGAACAACUAUGCAUUUUCAGACAGAAGGUCUGUAUACAAAGUGUUUGUGCCUAAUGUUCAUUACCAUAGAGAAUAGAUUGGUUCCUUGUCUCAAAUUUACUUUCAGUGUUGUGAUACACAUAGUCAAUCACUUAUUUAACACGUAUUUGCACUAUUAACUAGACUUGAUUAAUUGCAUUAUGCUGCCAUAAAAGUCAUGUUUGCCACAAUAUGGGGAUGUUAUGGUCUUGUGUAGAUGAAUUUGCUGACCGAUUUGUAUAUAUUUGUGCGUGUAUGUGUAUUUAUGGAAAUCAACCCUCCAUUACAGCUAAACACCACAACUAAUGGAAUAUGACAGAUUUUUUCCAGAACACCACUCACUGUUUAUUCCCACAAACAAGUCUUACUAUGUCUGCUGUAAGAUUACAUGUGUCCAGACAGAGUCUACAUUUCUUCAAACACAAAGCCAAUGCAUAUAAUGCAAACAAUACAACACAAUGUGUGAGGCAUUUCUUCAAGUGAUAGAGCAACUGCAAGCAUCAAACUGCUUAAAAAGGACACACUCCAGCCAAAACCAAUUUUCAGGUUUUCAUUUCAUAACGAGACAUUUUACGAUGGUGGGAUGAGGGUGGGGGCAUUAUUCUAGGAGGGACAUCAUAGAUGGGGUGGGUUGCAGUCAAAAUAAAGUGCCCGCUGCUUAAGAGAGUGUUGGUGUUCACUGUACUUUAUUUUUGUAUUCAGAAAAUGCUGUUGACAUGCACAAUCAAGUGAGCUGCAUUGAACAAAAGUGCAUGGACUGUACAUCAUUUAGAAACAAUAGCCCAAAGGGAGACUGACAUGGAAGAGACAUGACAAUUUUAUUUAUUCACAGGAAUAAAAACUGAAAAGUACAAUCCAAGCCCUGAAUCCAAUUCCAAAAGAAAUACUAACUUUUACAACACACCAUCACGAUAGAAGAGUUUUAGGGGUUUUUUU